AUGAAUAAGAAAAGACACUUUCUGGAGCCUCCGGAGGUCAAAGACUACCUGGUCAAAGGAGAAAGAUUUACAAAAUGGUCAGAGGACUCCACAAAGACUGUUCCUGUCACCAUGAAGAUGGAUCCCAAAGGUUUUUAUAUCUACUGGAUCAACCAGAGCAAGGAGACAACGUUCCUGGAUGUUGCUACUGUCAGAGAUACCAGAGCAGGAAAAUAUGCAAAACUUCCCAAACACCCCAAGGUUCGCAAUGUGUUCAACCUGGACUUCCCGGACAGCAACCAUCUUGCCAAAACUCUCACCAUCGUCUCAGGUCCCGACACAGUGAAUCUCACCUAUCAUAACUUCUUUGCCUCUAAGGAGAAGGUGACACAGAACUGGGCAAAUGACAUUCUUGCAAUCACCUACAACGCUGCGAGGAACAAUGCGUGCAGACAAGUCUUCCUGGAGAAAAUAUAUGUCCGCAUUUCUCUCCACACCAACAAGGACGGCAAGAUCCCAGUGAAAUAUAUUUACAAGAUGUUUCCUGCGGAUAAGAAGAGGGUGGAAAGUGCGUUAGCAUCAGCACACCUCCCUAAAGGAAAGUAUGACACCAUGAAGCCUGACGUUUUUACGGAGUCUGCAUUCAGGACAUUUCUGACAAACCUCUGCCCUCGACCUGAGAUCUAUGAGAUCUUCACUUCUUACUCCAACAAACCCACCAUGACGAAGGACAAUUUCACAAAGUUCCUCAACGAGAAACAGAGGGACUCUCGGCUCAACGAGGAGCUGUUUCCACGUCUGCGUCAGGACCAGAUCAAGGCUCUGAUGGACAAAUAUGAACCCUGCUCCGCUAACUCUAACAGAAGUCUGAUUUCUCCAGAGGGUCUCUUAUUCUUCCUGAUGGGGCCGGAGACAUCAGUCGUCAUGCAGGACAAGUUGGCCAAGUGUCAGGACAUGACCCAACCUGUACCCCACUACUUCAUCAAGUCCUCCCACAACACAUACCUGACAGCUGGUCAGUUCUCUGGCGUGUCCUCUCCGGAGAUGUACCGUCAGUGUCUACUGUCCGGCUGCCGCUGUCUGGAGCUGGACUGCUGGAAGGGCAAACCUCCAGAUGAAGAGCCCAUCAUUACCCACGGCUUCACAAUGACAACUGAGAUCCUCUUCAAGGAUGUGAUUGAGGCCAUUGCUGAGAGCGCCUUCAAGACCUCACAGUAUCCCGUUAUCCUCUCGUUCGAGAACCACGUCGACUCGGUGAAACAGCAGGAGAAGAUGGCCAACUACUGCAAGACCAUAUUUGGUGAUGCCCUACUAACAGAUCCGCUGGACAAAUACCCUCUGAAGCCGGGUCAGCAGAUCCCCAGCCCGUCUGAGCUCAUGGGUAAGAUCCUCAUCAAGAAUAAGAAGGGCAGCCAUGAAAAGCCGACCCAGGCUAAGAAAACCAGCACGGCAGCUACAGAUCAGACCACAACCACAGCUGCACCGGCUCAGGACCCAAACACCCCAAACACCACUUCCCAGGAUCCUGCCAACCCAGCACCCACUACCCAAGAGAACCAAGAGGGGGACGCAGCUGUUGAGGAUACAGAGGAGCCAGAGGAGACGGAGGAACAGGACGAGGAGAAAAUGAAGUCAUCAGAUGAGGGCACAGCUGGACAAGAAGUCACAGCCUAUGAGGCGAUGUCAUCCCUGGUCAACUACAUCCAGCCCAACAAAUUCAUCUCCUUUGACAAUGCCAAAAAGAAAAAUAAAAGUUACGUCAUCUCAUCUUUUGUGGAGACCAAAGGGGAGGCAAUGAUUUCCAAGACUGCUGUCGAAUUUGUCGAAUACAAUAAGAGGCAGAUGAGCAGGAUUUACCCCAAAGGAACACGAAUGGACUCAUCCAAUUACAACCCCCAGCCUUUUUGGAAUGUAGGCUGCCAAAUGGUGGCGCUCAACUACCAGACAAUGGAUUUCCCCAUGCAGCUGAACAUGGCUCUGUUUGAAUUCAACGGCAAAACGGGCUACCUGCUCAAGCAUGAUGUUCUGCGUCGCAGCGACAAGAAGUUUGACCCUUUCUGUGACAGGAUUGACACAGUUGUGGCAAGCACACUGACCAUAAAGAUCUACUCAGGCCAGUUUCUGUCUGACAAGAGCGUAAAAACAGGAGUGGAGGUGGAGGUGAUUGGGCUGCCGGGAGACCCGAAGAAGAAAUAUCGCACAAAGUGGACCACCACGCCCAAUGCCAUCAACCCAGUGUGGAAUGAAGAGCCUUUUGUUUUUGAGAAGAUCCUGCUCCCAGAAAUGGCCUCUCUAAGAAUCGUCGUCCACGAAGAGAACGGUAAAUUCGUGGGACACAGGAUCAUCCCACUUGAUGCCAUCCAAUCAGGUUUCCAUCACAUCUGCCUGCGCAGUGAGAGCAACAUGCCGCUCACUCUGCCUGCUCUCUUUGUGUACAUCGAGGUCAAGGACUACAUCCCUGCUGCCUUCGCAGAUUUCACAGAUGCCUUAUUUAACCCCACAAAGGGAACAGAGAAGACCACAAAGACCCCAAAGGAGUCAUCCUCUGACUACAUUUCUCCGUAUGAGUUGCCUCUUGUCCAAACCCCCACAGACAAGGCGAAGGAAAGUGAGGCCCCUGUUGCAGAAAAGGCCGCAUCCGAACCUACACCACCAGCUGACACUACUGACCAGUCACCCCAGUCUCCACCAGAAGCAAGUGCAGAAGAAGCCAAAGAAGAGUCUGAGAACAAGUCAGACGCUCCACAACCUGCAGCAGAACCUCCUCAAUCUCCUGACAGCACUCCUGCUGAAGAACCAGCUCCAGACGCAGAAAGCACCACACCUGAAACCCUCCCCGAAGCCUCUCCCUCCCCUGAGGAGGAGGCGGCACCUGAGAAGGAAGAGGUUCCACAGCCAGAAGCAGCUCCACAGCCAGAAGAAGCUCCUGAAAGCAAAGAGGAGCCGGCGAGCAACUCCAGUACAAACCCCGAGCCUGCUUCAGACGAUAAAGGCACAGAAGCUGCCAGUGCUGCUGAAGAGCCUGCUGCUGUGGCCUGUCCAGUGAGUGCAUUGCCCGAGUCUACAGGAUCAAGUGACUCAUCUCAGCCGCAGACAUGCAACGAAGAGCCUUCAACUGUGACUACUGAAGAACUGACACAGCACAAGAACUAUCUGAAGGUCAUCAAGCGUCAGGAGAGAGACAUGAAAGAGGCAGAGAAGAAGUAUCAGAAAAAGGGAGAAGAUCUGAUUCAGAAACACUCUGACUCCUUCAAGGCCAUCAAGAAGAAGGGCUCCGUGAAGAAAAAGGAGGGUGGGGGAAACACCGCUGACUCCAGCGUGAAGACGGAGCGGGUGCAGGAGCAGAAAGAAAAGAUGCAGGUGGAGCUGCAUGCUCUAUGGAUGGAGCAGUGUGAUCAGCUGAGGAAGAAGAAAGAGCAGUGUGCUACAGAGAGACUGGCCAAACUGUUGGAGAUGGCCACGGAGAGACACACCAUUGAACUGAAGACCCUGGAGAGUGAAUCCAAAGAGAAUAAGAAGAAAACACUCUCGAAAUGUUCAUCGUCAGAGAAAGCAAAGCUGAAAAAGGCAAUGAGCACAGAGGUGCUGGAUGAGCCGAGUCAGUCUGAUGGUGCCUCUUCAGAUUACAGCCCACAGCAAGCGGCUCUGAUGAAGAAACAGGCUGUGACUCUGGAGGAAAUCAAGACCCUGACUAAUCAGCUCAAUCAGGAGGCCCUGAAGGAGCAUGAUCAGAAACUGAGGUCUCUGCCAGCAGAGGUGAAGGAGGCUGUCAAUGUGUGUGUGGGCGCCCACUUUCCCGAUCUGGUCGAUCAAGCUGGAGACAAGAAGGUGGAGGGAGUGGGCUUCUAUGGUGAUGUCUUCCUGGGUUAGAUGUGUAACUUUUUAGAAACCUUUUCAAUACUCUUACACCUUCUUUGAACCUGUUACAUAACCUACAGUCUUAACAUAACUGUGGAAUAGUAGAGGACUGAAUUAGGGGAGCUGUGUGUGAAAUUUCAGUUUAGAGGUGCUAUUCAUAGAGAGAGUUUUUUGGAAGUCAUUAAGCUGUAAUGAUGUUUUUGUGGAUGUCCUGUAGACCAAAAGUUAGAUGAAUUGGAAAUUAUUCUCUAUUUAACUCUGUUUUUCUGUUGCUUUCACUGAUGAAAAAUACCCUACUACGGCGACAAAUACCUUCCAGAUGAAGGCCCAUCACUAAAAGCUUCAGUUUAGUGCUCACAGUCUCCUUUCUGUUCUCUUAAUGAGUACAAAAAUAGGAAUAAAUGUAGCAGAGAAAAUGUAGCGGCAAAAAUGGGUUACCAGAGUCUGCAGGCUGAAUUGAGACAAUGACUCCAUCUGUCACACUUCAGCACAUGGUGUGUGAUACUCCAUGAAGCCACAGCAAAGCACUCACUCUGAGAUUUAGGUGUGUUGCAGUUGUAAUGAGGGUUUUGAAAGAAAAAAAAGUUACAUUUACAUUUACUCUUUAAGGUCAUGUAUAGAGCCAUGACAUUGGAAAUGCACAACAGG